UAUAUACAUCAACUUAUACUUUAUCCUUUUUUGGUUGUAUCUCUUUCCUCUCUCUUUAUUUCUCAGCAAAGUCUCUGGUACAACUGGUGCUAAUCUAUCUCCAUCCUCUUGGCUCUCAUUCUCUGUCUCUACUCGGGCUCUCGGGCUCUGACAUUGUACGGAUGUGUACGGACGGUAAAAUACAUUAGCAGCUGGUGGUGUGGCUGCAUUUGUCAGUCAGUCCAUACCAGUCUCCAGUUCAGAGUAGUUUGUCUAUUUACUUCUAAUCUUGAUGCAUAUUAGUUGUUCGUUUUAUCACGAGCACAUUCUAGAAAAGAGGACGACGAUGACGGUUGAGUGUGGUCAGAUUAAUUUUUCAACCACCGUACUAAAAAUGACAGUGUGUAUGCUGCGUAGUGAUGUUAAACCGCAUAGCUACGUAGCGUAACUAAAAAAACAAACCGAGAGAAGAAUAAUUAAUAAAUCACCAUACACAUUCGCCUCGGGCUACGUUUCUAAGUGCAACAAGACGUCCAUGCCAUCAUAUUGUCAACCAUGGCUUCGGUGAAGGUGGCUGUAAGGGUCCGUCCCUUUAAUAAAAGGGAAGUGGCCAUGAAUGCGAAACUGAUCGUUCAGAUGGAUGGCAAAAGGACACGGAUAUAUAAUAGCAAGAGUCCAGGGAGCUGUCGAGAUAAUGAUAAAGAAAAAUAUAAGGAUUUUACAUUUGAUCACUCAUAUUGGUCUUAUGAGCCUACCGAUGAAAAUUAUGCGUCUCAAGAAGAGGUGUUCUACGAUCUCGGUACAGACGUCAUAGAAAGUGCCUUCGCAGGUUACAACGCCUGUGUCUUCGCCUACGGUCAAACGGGUUCCGGCAAAACGUUUACGAUGAUGGGCUCGCCGGAGUCACAAGGCCUAAUACCGAGAAUAUGUAAGACAUUAUUUGCGAGAAUGGCAGCUGGAAAAGAUACUGGAGCUUCGUAUAGAACAGAAGUAUCUUUUUUAGAAAUUCAUAAUGAAAGAGUCAGAGAUUUAUUAAGGCCUGAUCAAACUCCAUCUCACUCUCUAAAAGUUCGAGAACAUCCAAAGAGAGGUCCUUAUGUACAAAAUCUCUCAAACCAUCUUGUCUAUGAUUACUCUGAUAUUCAGGAAUGUAUGGUGAGAGGAAACACGCACAGAACAACCGCUAGCACAAAUAUGAAUGAUGUAAGCAGUAGAAGUCACGCGAUAUUUACAAUAACUUUUGUUCAAGCUGGAUUUUCAGAAGGUAAUAUGCCUUCUGAAACUGUAUCAAAAGUUCAUCUUGUAGAUUUAGCUGGAAGUGAACGAGCUAAUGCUACGGGAGCAACAGGCCAGAGGUUAAAAGAAGGUGCGCACAUAAAUAAAUCUCUUGUUACUCUUGGUUCCGUGAUAUCAGCAUUAGCCGAUAUUAGUUCUUUUACGGACACAAAUAGUUCGAGAAGAAAUGUUUUCAUUCCUUAUCGUGAUAGUGUACUCACGUGGUUACUCAAAGACUCACUUGGUGGUAAUUCUAAGACGAUAAUGAUUGCCGCUAUAAGUCCUGCUGAUUGUAAUUAUGGUGAAACAUUAAGCACACUAAGAUAUGCUAAUAGAGCUAAAAAUAUUAUUAAUAAACCUACUAUUAAUGAAGAUCCAAACGUUAAACUCAUUAAAGAACUUAGAGAUGAAAUUAUGAAACUAAAAUCAAUGAUUGGAAAAGAUGUGAACAUAGAAAGACCGCCACAACAAAAGGUACUUUUAGCUCAAAUUCAUGAAAAACAAGAACAAGAGAAAGUCCUUACAGAAGAAUGGACUGAAAAGUGGCGAGAAACACAGAUGAUACUUCAAGAACAACGGGCAUUAGGACUAAGAAAAAGUGGAGUUGGCGUAGUUUUAGAUUCAGAGAUGCCACAUUUAGUUGGUAUCGAUGAUGAUUUAUUGAGUACAGGAGUUACUUUGUAUCAUUUGAAAGAAGGAAAAACAUUAGUGGGAACUGAAGAAGCUAGUACACUACAGGACAUUGUUCUGACUGGUGCAGACGUUGAACCUGAACAUUGUAUCGUGGAACUCGAUACAGGUGUAGCAACUCUUCAUCCUCUUUCACCUCACUGCUGGAUUAAUAUGGCUCAAGUUGAUAAACCAACACGAUUAUCUCAGGGUUGUAUUAUAUUACUCGGUCGAAAUAAUAUGUUUCGAUAUAAUGAUCCAGCGGAGGCUGCUAAACUUAGAAAAGAAGGUGGAACAGGAAAUGGGAAUCUUCAAUCGACGGUUGUUAAUUUAUCACGUUUAUCUUUGCUCAGUUGGAGUGUAUCUGAUCUUAAUGUAUCUUCGUCCAGUGAUAAUUUAUUAAAUUCAAAUGAAGAUUUACGUGCAUUUGAAGAAUUAGAGCAACAAAAAGCUGCUCUAAUUAAAGAAAAGGAAGACUUUAAGAAAGAACAAGAAGAACGUGAAGAAAGGUGGGCAGCAAGACGUGAAGCGCUUGAGGGCGCACAGAAGGAACUUGAGAGAGAAUGGGGCGCACAAUGGAGAGAAUGGGCUGAUGCAAUAGCUGCUUUGGAAUCACGACAACGUGAUUUACGUACUAGACGACGUGCCUUGGAGCAAGAACGCCGCGACGAGAUGACACAAGUAGAAAAUUUGUGUAGGGAAGUCUCCUCUCUACGUACCAAUCUACAGACAAAACUACGACAAUUCGAAGAGUUCAUAAACAACCAAAAUCAUUUGCAGAAACGCCAACAUUCAUGGAAAAAGACAGAUGAUGCAGUAAGUAACGAUAGUGUGCCAGAAUCAUGGUCCAGUUUUAACGAUCAGAAUUCAUUGGAUGCUAUGAAAGAACUUGUGAAUCAUCAUAAAAAAGAAUUAGCUGCUUUAGAAUUUGAACUGCAGACUAAAGUUAAAUCUUUAAGUGAACGUCAAACGAAAGUUGAUAAAAUGGAAGAAGAACUAUCGGAAAUGACAGAGAAACAGAGACAAAUGCUGUAUUUAGAGUAUGAAGGUCAAGAGAUUACAGAAAAAAAGGUCCAACUCGCUAAAAGAACUCAAGACCAGCUUCAAGAAAUUUUAAAACGCAAGCAAAGCUUGACAUUGAACUUAAAACGAGCAUUACCGGCUUCUCCAGGACGAUCAAGUAGUAGCAGUGAUGUUCUUUCAAGCCAUGAUUUAAAAUCAUUUCAAGAUGCUUGUAAUCGUAAAUUAAGAAUAGCUUCAGCUCUGUGCUUAUUACCGUCUGAUUUACCUAGUUCAACAGACACGACUGAAACAUUCCAUACAGCAGCAGCUAAUUCUCCAGAACUACGUUCUUUCUUCCCUGAGAUUGAUACUAUAGAGGUUAAAGAUAUUGAAUCAAAUAAAAUUGUGGAUGAAAAUAAAACCAAUGAAAACGAAGAUAGUAAUGAAUAUAAAAACCAAACAGCUGAAAAAGUUCAAUCCACUGGUUUGUUACCUACGAUAAGUUCAAAUCCUUCGGAUAAUAAUAUUCAAAUCUCCCCAAAUACUAAAUUAAAAGAAGAAAAAGAAGGUGAAGAAGUAAUAAUAGAAAAAAUAAAUGAUAAGGUUUUAGAAAAAAAAAUAAAUUCAAAUAUAGAUGAAAAAAAAGAUAUAUUUAUCAAAGAUGAUGAAAUUGAAUCUCAAGAAGUUGCUAGUAUAGAUAUGCGAAUACAAGAAAAUAAAGAGAUGAAAAGACUGAACGAAAAGAUCAACCAACAGAGAAUGGUCGUAAUGAAGUGCCUGGAAACUAGUAGUCCUGCUAAAGAUGAACUUAAUCAACAGAUUUUAGUCCUUCAAGAUUUUCAAAGACAGCAGAUCGAAUUAGAAGUAUGGUUGUUGAAACAGGAAAAGCGAUUUCAAAUGCAAAAAGGAACAUCUCAAACAGAACUACCAGUUAAUUAUGGUGAAAUUGAGUCAGAGGACGAUAGUAAUUGGAAUUUACCAUCUGGAAGUAAUCAACAAAAGUCCGAUAGAGAUACCAUGAGUGAUCGUAUCGAUGAACAAACAACAAAUCAAUCAAUUACUCCAAGGAUACCGACGACUCGGGGAUAUUCUUCUGUUUAUCUUACAAGUUUAAAUCGUGGAGAUCGUUUAGGAAGUCCUUAUGCACUUUCUAUUACCAGAUCGUUGCCUUCCUUAAUACCUAGCGAUAGUACAGCAGACAAUAUCAUAAAUAUGAUAGUUACUGUGCCAUCAUAUGUUAUCCGAGGUGCUGGUUCGUCCAGUCAUUAUGAGUAUGAAGUACGAGUGGUCGUGCAGGAUGACAGUUGGACACUUUUACGUCGUUAUCGGCGGUUUCGCGAGCUUUGUAUCUACAUGCGUCAGAAAUAUAAUGGCAAGGUGUCUGCAAUUCAUUUUCCACCGAGACAAGUAUUUGCAAAAUAUGAAGUGGUCGCGCGUCAACGAAGGAAACGGCUUGAAGAGUACUUACGACGACUCAUACAAGUUUGCUCCGAAUUACCAACCUGCGAAUCUCUCUACAAAUUUCAUGGCAAUCUUUCUAAUAUAGACAAGCAAUCAUUAAUUGAAUUUAGUCCGUUUUUUCGUCGUGGGCCAUUUGAAGGUAUUAAAUUUGACGGUAGCUAAGAAAAAAUAAUUGAGCCUCGUUAUUGGCUCAUGUUAUUUAUUUUCGUAUUUGUUUUUAUGUCUGAUGAAUUAAAUAAGUAGUAGUUAUCAAUUUUUAAAUCAUGAUAUUUAUUGUUAUCUUAUUUGAGUACUAGUAAACUCAUAAGAAAUCAUUUUUAAAUAUUCACGAAGCUAUCGCGAAUUGUUAAAUCUAUUUUAAUUUAUGAUAAAAGUGCACAAUUUUUUAAGUUUUAAUGGUAGCCUCAUUAUAUCAGUUUGGCAUGUGUAUAAUCGUUUAAUCGAAUUAUCAGUAUUCAAACUAUUAAUUAAGGAUUAAAUUACAUAAUAGUCGUUAAUUUUUUCUUCACGAUGAACCAAUCAAUAAAAUAAAUUAAAUUGUAAUCAUUGACCUGAUUUUUAUACAGUAUAUAUAUUAA